AUGCGAAAGAAAACCCUCGAAGUAGCCUACCCCGAGGUCAUUUAUUUCGAUAAAUUUGCAGACCUUCGAGAUUAUAUGAUUACUGCCACGAUCAAGAAAUUGGAUGAUAUAAAAGCUGAAUUAUCCGAACCAGAUUUCGGCGCAAAUGGAUCUUUGCAGUCCAUAUUAAAUUAUGAAACCGAGCUGAAAAUUCAUCUCGAAAAAUCGAAAGUUAAACAUUAUGAGGAAAUUUGUGAUUUAAUCGAGGAGAAGAUAAACAACGUUGAAGAACCAAAGGCAAUUUUGUUCUACGAAUCGGAUGUAAUAAAAGCCUGGGAAGACUUACACAGUCGUGAAAAGAGAUUUUUAAGCGACCAAUCCGUAAAAGCUUGUCCUGAAUUACCGGAAGUAAUUAGAAAGCCUUACUUUUGGGGGAAUAUACAAGAAAAUGAAGUGGCAGAGUUGGGUAGAUUAAAUGAUGGCAAGUACCUUAUAAAAUGGUCUGACACAGCACAAGGAAAGAAACAAAAUGAAUACGUAACAAACUUACGUUUAUAUCUAACUCCUGGAAGAAUAUCUACGUUUACGAAAUUUGUUAUUUAUGGCAACGAGACAAAGGGCUAUUGGAUCGUAAAGAAACCGACAACAUACUUCCCUACCAUCCAAGAACUGAUUGAACAUUAUUCUAAAGGUGGAGGGACGCUAACGGAAAAAAAUUUGUCCCUAAUAUCACCGAUCGAUAAUUACCAUCGUGCAGUGUGCGAACACUACUGUCUUACAAAAAAAUCUGGCUAUUUUAUUAGAGAAGGGCUAUAUCGUAAAAAAAAUGAACAAACUCACGUAGCUGUUACUGAAGUUACAAAACACAGCUCUGAAGACUUGAUGAGUGAAUUUCGUGCUAUUCGAUCAAACACUCGUCAAGAUAACCUUAUACAAGUGCUAGAUAUCUUGGUAACUGAUUACCAAUUUAAGAUUAUCAGUGAAUUUAAGAAAGGCAUCAAGCUCUCAGAAUAUUUAAGGGAACAGAAAGAUCAACUAGGUAAUUUAGAAUUGCUGGACAUAAGCAAGCAGGUCGCCAAUGGUCUAGCUCACUUGCACGAAUUGAAAUGUAUUCACGGUCGAUUGAAGGCUAGAAGUUGCCUGUUUAACAUAGAUACCAAGCUAGUUAAAAUCACUGGCUUCGGAACCUAUAAAUGUGAGUACUAA